AGAGAGAGAGAGAGAGAGAGAGAGUGAUUUCUCUUCCGUGAAAAAAGAAAAAAAACGCUGCCGAAGGCGCGGGAUGCUGAGCUUCGGAGGGAGGGAAUCGUAUAAAGGCCGCGGCGCGAAUUGAUCGACCGACAUCACGCACACGGCACCGCUUGGUGUGAAGGGGAGGAAACGAAGUGGAGAGCGACACGCGCAAAAGAGAAAAAAAAAAGAAGCUCAUAUUGUGCACAAGUGAAGGAAGUAUCAAAGUUUAAACACGCAUAGAAAAUAAAAAUGAAGAGGAAAAUCUCGUGUCCUUCGUCCGUCUUCAUCGCAGUCUCUUCCGUCAUUCUCUACGCCAGCUACAAAUGUGACGCUCUGGUCAUCACGCAGAUGAUUGUACCUAGUCACGUACAACGGGGAUCUGACGCCGUGCUCCGUUGCCUCUACGACCUGGACGGCGAUUCCUUAUAUUCAGUCAAAUGGUACAAGGGAUCUCACGAAUUUUUCGGUUACGUGCCUAAGGAAACGCCACAGUUCAGAGUAUUCCCUUGGUCGAAUUUCAGCGUACACUACGACGAGCAGGAAAUAGGAAAAGUUCACUUAAAAGCCGUGACCCGCGAAGCUGAAGGCAGAUACAAGUGCGAAGUAUCGACCGAGGGGCCUCAUUUCAAUACCGACUACCGCGAAGACAAUCUCACUGUCUACGAUAUCUACAGCGAUGGACCGCUAAUGGUGGGCCAUCCUACCAACGAUUUGAAGCCGGGCAACCAACUGCGUUUCACCUGUUCAUUUCGCAAAUCGAGACCUAAACCGAUUCUUUCUUGGUUCGUUGAUAGUCAAGAGACGGUCAACAAAGUAGAAUCGCGCUACGUCAUGGAGUCUACCCUGUUGGCGGACAAGAAGAGUACUAACGGAAGCGGGCUGGAAUUGUGGUCGGCCGAAUCUGAAUUGAGCAUCUGGCCAUCGGCCAGGCAGCUGGAAAGAAAAUUUCUGAACGUGGCCUGUCGGGCCAUCGUUCUCAACGAAACGGUCUACCAGCGAGUUGCAUCGACCAAUGUCACAACAACGUCAGCGUUGACCGUUCAACUCCAACAGCAGGUGCAACGCUCACGGGUGUCAUCAACCUCUUCAUCUUCCAGCAUGUCACCGGUGAACUCCUCCGGCCAGCAACAUCAAGUCUCCGCCUCUAUGGCCUCGUCUCAGCACAGCCGCGAUUCCUACUCAUUCUCAGCGGCCAGCAAAGGCCAAGGAGGUUCCAGCGCCGCCCGGCCCAUCCUGCUCCUCGUGGAAUUAUGGCUCUUUGUUGUCGGCUUGAGUGCCGCUCUACUCAGUUGACGCGACGUCGUCCUCGACUGGCAUCUUCGCCCAUAAUAUUUUUUUUUUUUUCGUUUUUUUUUUCCUUGAUUUUUUUUCGGGCUGAAUGAGUCAGCCUGCCGUACACGAAAAGCAAAAAAAAAAAAAAAAAAAAAAAAAAAAAAGGAGGGGGUUGAGAUAAAAAAAAAAAAUGUUUGUAUGUAUUUCACUUAUGUUGGAACGGAGCCAUGGUGAUCCCAUCGAUACUCGUUUUCAAUCUUUUAUUUUAGUUUGUUUUAGUGCUUGUUCGGGUCACGUGUUUCUAUUAUUCGUAAAUUUUUUUUUCCUUUAAUGCAAAAUUUGCAUUAACUUUUUUUUUUUUUUUUUUUUUUUUUUUACCUCCGUCGCCAAAGAUAUACAUACACCUACAUAAUAUCUAAAGUAUCUUUUUUUUUUGCCCCGAUUUAUCGAGUACCCCCAGUUAGCUUUUCAGGACGAUGGCUUAUUCGAUAGUUCAAUUAAAGAAUCGAAAUUUUUACAUUCGCUCUCUUACCUUUAAAAAAAAAAAUACGUAUCUCCCUGCCGUUCUUCACCAAUCCAAUUGUCAUUUCGUUGAACUACUGUAUCAAUGUUUUUCUAAUGCGAGAAAAAUUCCCGAUUGCUGCAUAAUAAUACCCGCUCUCCCUGUAAACGCUCUGUAUUUGCCUCUUUGUCUAUACAUUCACAACAAAGUACUUGCAAUGAUGACGAUCAAAUCCAAAUCAUUAAAAACGGUUGAACGUUUGGGCUCAACACAAAAACUCAUAUAUAUUAUAUAUAAUUGUAAUGUAUGUCAUUUGUAAUCGGCUGUGUACCACCAUUAAUAUUGUACGGCCAGUCUCGCAAGAUAACGGGGGCGGGGGGGGGGGGGACUUUGGGCUGAUGGCUCUUUGCUGCUACUGUGAAAUUGAGAGAGUUUGUAAUAAUACACGCAAGCGUUGCGCUCUAG